AACAUGUGUAUUUUCAACAAUGGCAGCAAGCUGCUGAUGGUCUGAUGGAAUUCGCAAGUACCAGACCACAGGCCUUACCACCCAUCUCCAUCCAUCGACUGGCCAAAGUAGUCAACGAUGUCUAUUUCCAAGAAACAACGCUUCGAGACCGUCUCAUAAAGUUGAUAUCUGAGAAUUCGCAAGAAAUCAAUGUACCACCUGUUCCCAAUCCAUCCCAACCACCACCUAGUGUUCUGACGUCGGGAAGCAUCACAGCGUCAGGCAUCAGCUUCAUGCAGCUGCUGGUAGGCAUGGUUGACGAGUAUAGUUUAUACAACUAUCCUUCGGCCAAGGAUAUGUAUCUGCAAGCCAAAGACGGAUGCUUCGAAGCGCAAUUAAUUCUAGGCGCGUGGAUAUCAUCUGGUGACUAUUUUCCCAAAAACGUCUACAGCGGGACGCACAUGCUCUUUGCUGCCUACAGAGCCUUCUCCACCUACGAUAUGGACAUCCUGCUGGAUAUUCUCGACCACCUUGAUCGAUUAUUAUGCUGCUGCGCGCAGGAUAUUAUAAGCGAUACUCGGACGAGGACCGAAUGGACCACGUGGUUGCAGGAACAGUUACAUUGGGAGUGGGCGGAUGAGAUCGAGAACAGCAUCAAUAAGCAAAUCCGCGGCAUAUUGAGGAAACUAGGCUUUGGCCUCAUGGAUACCAACAAAUCAAGGUCCUUUCAUAUUGCCAAUGGGUCAUCGUUCGAUUUGUCGUCAACUGUGGUUUCAAAGUACUUUGUACCUGGAUUAAAUGGCACACUUGAUCUACAGCCCGAACAGUCACUAGCUGGCCUAAGUGUACAGUUCUCGGAACGGAUCGAGGCAACGUGUCUUGAAUCACAAGAGGAUAUCAUCAGCAUUGCCUGUCUCAGCAAAGUCAAUCCAGGGCGGGUGUUUCUAUGCGUGUACGAAUCGGUCAAGACUAAAAAAAAUGGAGAAGUCAUGGUCGGCUGGCAGCAGAUAUUUGAUCAAACCGUGGACUUGACCGCCAAAAAGGUCCGCUUGAAGAACGUCUCGUGGUCUAUUCAGCAUCGAUGCGUCGCUCUUUCCUACACUGCCUACCUCACUGAUGUCGAUCCCGUGCUUGGAUCCAAAGAAGCCUUGGAACGCCAACCGUUUUCUGUCUUGCUAAGUAGCAAUGGUCAGCAUGUCAUUACUUUGGACGGCUAUGGUGUGUUCUUGCAUAACCCCGACAGCUAUUACGUUGUCAACGACAAUGGCGUGAAAUGCAUGACAGGGCCCGAAUGGAAGUUGGCUUGGAGUUUAAGGGCUCCUAGAAAAGGCUGUCAGCUGCCUUCUGACCUGGUAUUGGACUUGCUUCGACGCACCAAUGGAAAAUACUUUAUGUUCAGUAGCACCGCUGGUAAUAUAGAGAUUGUUCGAUGUCCAGAUGGGUACGGAGUGGGUGAUAUUUUUUGCACGAAAAGCGACACGGGAGUCUUUGAUUACGACGCAGAGUAUCCAUUUGAAACGGCCAGUUACAUUGCUAGAAAAGCACUGAGGAAAGUGAGGCACGGCCUGCCUCACUAUGAUAAUGUGGCCAUCCAAGCCAACCUGAUAGGACACCUGUUUUGUGAUGAUCUGAACGAAUUUCCCGCCCACGACAAUAAGGUUGAAGAAUCUGGCAACGGCAAAGAAAAGUUGGAAACACCGUCCAUAAGAGUGGCCCAGGAAUUAGCUUUUUCAAAGAUCCAUGGCGCUUGGACGCUGUUCCAUAUCUCCAUGGACAUCAAAAUGGAAAGUAUGCUGCUUACGCCGUCGGCGGUCAACUUCUGGCCUACAUCACCCGACAAGUUUGUAGCUGCCCCAAGGUGCCAGUGGCUCAUGUCCAAUCUCUCGCUUUCGGCGGCGGCUUCCUCAGGAUCGCCAAAAGGCUAUCGCCUAGUAUCAAACGGUACUCAAGUAUGCUUGGUGGACGACACGACGGUAAACCAUAUAGCCCAUGUGAUUGGCGAAUGUGAUGAUGUGCGCUGUUGCUUCUUUCUGCCCGGCAUGACCUCCACAUGUAUCACGGUCUUUGACCGCUUUCUUCUUGGAAGAGAAAUCGACCAGGAUGGAUUAGUAUCUUGCUUUUUUGCUUGGAAGCCGCCCAUAGACAAUGCAUAUUCCAUUGCUGAUGUCCACAUGCUAAUGGCGCCAGGGCUACCACCGCUACUGCACAUUACAUGCACAGUGCCGACCUCCUUCACUACCAGGAAUUUUUUCCUGCGCCUGCCGCUGAUGACGGAGCGAAAUAAGCAUUGGAUAGGGUUGUUAGCGUCAUUGGUCGUCCCUGAGCUCAGUCAAUUUCCUGAUCACCAACGGUGUGUAUCGGAUCUAGUUGCUCGCUGCUUCAACAUCACUCGCAUAACGUCCAUGCAAGCUGCCGAGUACAAUGGAAAAGAGUAUUACGAUGACUACACAAAACAUAUAUUAAGUGGAUGGCCGGUAAAUGAAAUCCUCUCUGCACAACCCCAGCAUGUAGACAGAAUAGUAGAUCAAGAGGAGUUUCUUGCUUUUUAUAACGCUGGAAGUAAAUCGAACAAGUCAGCAAGAGCCAUUGAAAUGGUAGAGUCUCAAGUUGCUAGAAUAGGUCCCUACCAUCGAGAUGCCUACAGCGGUAUUGGCCAUUUUGAGCCGGCGCUGCACAGUGUUCGAUCCAUUGGAACCAUUGUCAAUCAUCUGGUGACACCGUCGCAGGGGGAGUACCUUGUCCGCAACCAACCUGAUCUCGUCCGCAACUUCAUGGCCGCCAUUUCCUUUGUUCCCAUCCUGCACAAAACGUCUCCAUAUCAGAACAUGAAUCUGAUCUAUUUGAGAGCAGGAGGGAAGAGACCCACGUAUCACCUAGCAGCGUGGCAAGAGUUUCAAAAGUGUGAAAGGGAACUAGGACCAACCACUAUAAUGAAAAUAGCGCAAUCUGGCUACUUUCGAAUACCAGCUCUGCUUUUGAAACUUCAGAGCUGGCUCAAAGCAAGCGUUGAAGAGAGAGUGUUCCAAUGCGUUCUGCCGCUUCCUGGUAUAUCAACAUAUCCAGAGAUAGAGGAGUCUUGGAUACGGACACUGUUCAUGCCUCACCGUAGCAUCUUUGCUGAAAUUGCCAUAAACGAGUAUGAUUGUAUGUUCGAAGCUCCAGCCAUUGAACCGCUGUUGGUUUAUAAAUGGAAAACCUUUGCAAGGACAAGAUAUAUUGCUAUUACAGCUUCGUACAUUUUGUACCUUAUCAUCUUUGCCAUAUCGUUGACGCGGGAUCCAGCCCAGCAGAAAUCAUGGCUGGCCGUUGUUUGUUUCCUUGGUAUCCUCUUCUUUCUCCAAGAAGUUCGACAAAUGAUCAGUGAGCAUGAGCAGUACUUUUGGUCGCCAUACAAUUAUAUUGAUAUAGGCGCCUUUCUGAUGCCGGUUGUGCACUCUAUUUUGGUCCUGCAUGAUGUGGAUGACUAUUACUUGAGGUCCAUUGGUGCAUACUCUGUUUUGAUAUUAUGGCUGAAAAUUAUAUUGCAACUACGCGUAUUCAAAAACUAUGGUAUUAUGGUGGCUACAAUCAUUGAAAUCGGUCGCCACAUUACGCCUUUCUUCCUUAUGCUACAGCUUAUCUUGAUUGCCUUCUCGCAUGCCAUGGUUGUGGUGCUUGGCCAGCCGUUCCAAGAGGAUAGCUGGGGAGACCAGAUGUACUUGAUCAGCCACAACAACACGUCUAAUUUCAACUCCAUCUUCUCUUCGCUCAAAUACACCUACUACCUACUAGCCAGUGAUGGCGAUGCCUACAACCAAUGGGAUGGGGUUCCGUCCACCGAUGGACUGCGUAUCCUCUUUCUGAUAUUUACCGCCAUUAUUGUCCUCAACGUCCUGAUUGCUCUUAUGAGCAAUAUUGUCUCGAAAGUUGAUUCAGAAGGCCGCCAGCGAUGGCUGAAGGACUGGGCCCAUAGUAUUGCUGAGGUUGAAUUGUAUUGGAUGGUCAGUCGCCGGAACCAUCAGUAUUUCCCUGAAUUCGUGCAUUAUGCUGCUGAGGUGUCGGAGGCAAUUCAGUGGGAAGUGCGGGCAAGACAGGAGGCUGAACUUGCGCAGAACAUCAUGGUGCUCAAACGCAUCCCCCUGCGAGACCUAGCGUACCCUGCGGCCAAGAUGAUCCAGGACGAAUUGGAACAGCUCCAGAACAGCCUCAAGUACGCUAAACAGGAAGUCCAAAGGUUACGGCAAAGCUUGGUUGCAGCUCAAAAUGAAAACAAGCGGCUGCUUCUGCUUGCCACUGUGUCCUCUUCUGGAUCGAAAACGAAAAAGAAUGCCUGGCGUGGAGGCCGACCCAAGUAGUGAGCUUGUAUUAAAUGAAUGUAUAAGCCAGCUUCGAGAUUCUUUUCAAAAUUUUAAUUUAUAGGAAGCAUUCAAAAUAUAAGCAUUUGUAAAUAGUGUCAUGCCCCGGCAGCAAAAUAUAAGAAGCAAUCAAUUUCAUCGGUAUGGUAUAAGGAAAUCAGAUGCUCCGGUUUAUUAAAGGACUGUGUUUGGCACGAUACUGUUCCUUUAAAGCAAUCCAUCAUGAGGUGAAUGUAAAAUGGUAUCCGUCGAGUAAGUGGCACAUUGGCUCAAAGAUGUAUGCAUAUACCAGGCCGCACACCCCUAGUUGCUGCCUUAUGAAUGAAAUUUAUCCCGUCGGACAUCCACUACCACUCGUCCUCGCGCAUCAGGGCCAGUGAAUCUAUCAUAAGCCUGCA